AUGAGUCAAGAUCUCUUUCCAUGGCUCUGGGAAACCAAGACAUCCUGGCGUCCACCAAUCGAGACUACCAGCAUGCAUGAGAAGUUUGAGCGCACUGUAACUGGUCCCAAAAAGCAAUUAGAGCAGAUACAAAAGUAUAGGUUCAAGCGAGACAACAUCACUGAUUGGGCUUCAAAUCUACGUUUUCUCACUGGACCGACACCUAUCGUGAGGGACGAUAACACUUUGAAUCCAAGGCCUACCGAGCAGAUGGAAUUCCGCUUGAUACAGGAGGCGCCCAACUGUCAUCACUACGUUGCGGUUUCAUACCGAUGGCGGGUUAACAAUGAAGAUACGGCGGUGGUGGAGGGAGCACAAGACUCUGAUGCCCAGAAGGCUGCAGGUAAUUUGUCCACCGUCAUCGAUCGUGCAGUCAAGUCUUCCCUGCUUCAUGGCUAUCAGCUCGUUUGGAUCGACCAGAAGUGCAUCAUACAAGAUGAUAUGGCAGAUAAAACAAUAGGCGUCCAGGCCAUGGAUAUUGUGUACGAGAACGCGUCUCUAUGCUUGGCAGUACUUCAAUGCAAGAUCACCUCUCAGGAGCAGAUAAGCGCCUUAACGGAGGCUAUGGACGUCAGUCUUCAUCCAGUUUCAAACGAGAAAGAGUGGCGCAAAUGGAUAGAGUAUCUUGACCACAAAGAGCUUAUUGCCAUGGCCGAGGUUGUUAAAAUGAUCACCGAAGAUGAAUAUUUCAGCCGGGCCUGGAUAGCUCAGAAGAAUACAGCUGCGAACGCCACAAUUCUGCUCUUGAAGUACGAUUCCGCUUUAAUACGUCCGGACUCUAUGGGCAGUCUCGACGGAGAAAUUCAACUGCCCCUGUCCACCAUUGAAAAGAAAGUAUGGUAUUACGAACGAGAGGCAGCACGAUAUGGUGAAGAUGACUGGUUCGGUGACAGGCGGAAAUCUUUCAGACAUGACGAGCAUUUCCCAAGACUACCCUCCAUUGAGCAAUUCAAAGCGAGCAUAGAGCCAGAUCAACAAUGGAAGAUACACUUCGACAGCUCUCUGCGCAAAUGCCGGGGAAGCCACGUGGCACGCAGACAUCAGGGCCGGUAUCAUUGUUCCGCAGCUGAAGCUGUCGAAUUUCUAUCGACAAAGCAUAACUAUGAGAUUGCUGAUCGUCUUGCCAUAAUUGCUAAUCUCUGCAAUUUUGAGGUCCGUUUGGAUGCCCAGAAGCUUAAGGAGCUUGGAUAUGAUCUCGCUGUAUCUCUGUUCUGCUUGGCACUCUUGAAUGGAGACCUCUCGUUGGCGAGGCUGCCAGACGGAAUAGAGUACAAAGACCUUGGUACUGAGCAGUUCUCAUGGGAUCAUAUCACGCUCCAGAUUAGUCACGGGCAGGAUGUUCUUCACCGGACCGUAGAUAUCGAGAUUGGCCCAUCAUCAUUCUCAUGGGCUCCCCGUCUGAGGCAAGGCUUUAUGGAAUACCCACGCAUAUAA